AGAAAUAUCUUAUCAUCUUCUUUCUUCCCCCCAACUGUAACUACAGGGACAGUCUUCUGCAACCUCCCUUCUCUCCACAUUUUCUCAGUUCCGAGCAAUCAGAGAAUGUUAGAGAAAAUCGAACACCACCAUCAGCAGCAGCGACAAUAAGCUCAAUCUACUUCUUACUCACUACAAUGGCCUUCACAACCGCAAAAAUUUCCGAAAUGCCACUGAGGAGCUCACUCCCACUCACCUCUCACUCAUCCUCCUCUCUCAACUUCCUCUUCUCAGCCUCAAAACCGUCAUUUCGCCUCCUUAAACCCUUCUCUUCUCUCAAAGCCACCGAACACAGCGGAAACCCGAACGCCAAACCCUCACACAAAUCCAAACCCCCCUCCGCUCCUUGGCUCAACAAGUGGCCCCCUCGAAACUCUCCGGCCGAAUUACCCCGCCAAAAAGUCAACGAAAAGGUAAACGAAUCGCACGGCCGUGACCAAGCCGUUAAAGCAAACACCACUCAAUACUUUGAUAAGAACAAAGGCCAGAGUGCGAUUGAGAGAAUCGUGCUUAGGUUGCGGAACCUAGGGUUAGGGUCCGACGAUGAGGAAGAAGACGACGGUCUUGGAUUGGACGGUCAGGAUUCAAUGCAGCCGGCAGCAAGCGGAGAAGAGAAGCUCGGCGAUUUGUUACAGCGCGAGUGGGUCCGGCCCGAUUAUGUAUUGGCCGAGCAGAAGAGCAAUGAUGAGGUGGCACUGCCAUGGGAGAAGGAGGAGGAAAUAAGUGAAGAAGAGGAGGUGAAAGGAUUGAGGAAGAGGAGAGUGAAAGCUCCGUCAUUGGCAGAAUUGACAAUUGAGGACGAGGAGCUUAAGCGGUUGAGGAGAAUGGGCAUGGUGCUUAGGGAAAGGAUCAGUGUGCCUAAGGCCGGGAUCACGCAGGCCGUGCUGGAGAAGAUUCAUGAUACGUGGAGGAAGGAGGAGCUGGUGAGGCUCAAGUUCCAUGAGGUGCUGGCAUUAGAUAUGAAGACAGCCCACGAGAUUGUUGAGCGUCGAACAGGAGGGUUAGUUUUAUGGAGAUCGGGAAGUGUCAUGGUCGUGUACCGUGGGAGCAACUACAAAGGGCCUUCUAAAUCCCAAACUGUUGAUAGGGAAGGAGGUGCUCUAUUUAUCCCAGAUGUUUCUUCAGCUGAAACUUCGGCAACAAGAAGUGGCAAUGAUGCAACUUCAGGUCCAGAUAAUAAUGAGAAAGCUGUAAAAAUCCCAGCACAUCUUCCGAACAUGACGGAGGAGGAAGCUGAGUUUAACAGCCUAUUGGAUGAUUUAGGUCCGCGUUUUGUUGAGUGGUGGGGUACAGGAGUACUUCCUGUUGAUGCUGAUUUACUUCCCAAGACAAUUCCUGGUUACAAAACACCUUUCAGGCUUCUCCCUACCGGGAUGCGAUCACGGCUGACUAAUGCAGAGAUGACUAAUUUAAGGAAACUUGCUAAAUCACUUCCUUGUCAUUUUGCCCUUGGGAGAAAUAGAAACCACCAAGGAUUGGCAUCUGCUAUUAUUAAACUUUGGGAGAAAAGCUCUGUGGCAAAGAUUGCUGUCAAACGAGGUAUCCAGAAUACAAACAACAAAUUGAUGGCUGAAGAGCUGAAGACAUUAACAGGUGGCGUUUUACUGCUCAGAAACAAAUAUUACAUUGUCUUUUACCGUGGAAAGGACUUUCUCCCUACAAGUGUAGCUGCUGCUCUGGCUGAAAGACAGGAAUUGACGAAACAGGUUCAAGAUGUUGAAGAGAAAAUGCGGAUCAAAGCAAUAGAUGCAGCUUCUUCAGGUGCAGAGGAAGGACAGGCACUUGCAGGAACUUUGGCUGAGUUUUAUGAGGCCCAAGCCCGUUGGGGAAGAGAAAUAUCGGCUGAAGAACGUGAAAAGAUGAUUGAAGAAGAUUCAAAAGCCAAGAAUGCCAGGCUUGUGAAACGAAUUGAGCAUAAACUAGGUGUUGCCCAAGCCAAAAAGCUAAGAGCAGAGAAACUCCUAUCCAAGAUAGAAUCGUCAAUGCUUCCUGCAGGUCCUGAUUAUGAUCAGGAAACAGUCACUGAUGAGGAACGGGUUAUGUUUCGCAGGGUUGGUUUGAGAAUGAAAGCAUACUUGCCUCUUGGCAUACGCGGUGUUUUUGAUGGCGUUGUCGAAAACAUGCAUCUGCAUUGGAAGCACAGAGAACUUGUGAAAUUAAUAAGCAAGCAAAAGACCCUUGCUUUUGUUGAAGAUACAGCUAGGUUAUUGGAAUUUGAGAGUGGUGGAAUACUUGUGGCAAUAGAAAGAGUCCCCAAAGGAUAUGCUCUAAUCUACUAUCGUGGAAAGAAUUAUCAGCGACCCAUUACCUUGAGGCCAAGGAACCUUCUAACUAAGGCAAAAGCAUUAAAACGUUCAGUGGCCAUGCAACGCCAUGAGGCUCUUAGUCAGCACAUAUCUGAAUUGGAGAAGACCAUAGAGCAAAUGAGUUCAGAAAUUGGUGUUUCUGAAGAUAUAGCUGAUGAGAGUACCUGGAGCUCAAGAGAUCCCGACCAGAUUCAUUGUGCCUCUGAAUUUGUCCAAAGUGAGGAUGAAGCUUCACGCAUGGGUUCAGAUGGUAGUGACGAUGAUGAAGGCUUUGAUUGGGAAGACGAAGAUUAAAGAGUUGUGCAUUUUGAAAAGCAUCUUGAGCAAGAAUUAUUGACAACAGCAAAAAUAUGCUUAUGAGAAUCAGCCAUGUGAUGCUAAUCAAGCUGCGUUGUGGCUUCUGUCUAAAAAUGCGAAUGUUUAUGUGAGACUUGGACCGUGACAUGGAUGCGAUGGAGUUUUUCUUUGAAGAGGAUGGAGUUGGCAGCAAUGGAGGAAACAUUGAAACAAAAUGUUAUCAAUUGAGACUCGAGAGUGCACACAUCUACUUGUUCUUGGCUUUUAGCAUACGUACAAUUCUAAUGUAUUUUGUUGCUCAACAACAUUAAUCCAAUGUCCCUAACACCAAGCUUUCUCUCUUCCUUAUAGAAGGGCCUCCCAUAUUGUAGUUAGUCAACCCAUUGUUUUCAUAUUUAGGUGCUAUUGGUUUAGUCUUGUUAACAUUUGUUCGUUUCUGUAUGUGUAUACUACAGUGGAUGUAGAUUUAACACCAGAAGGUUACAUCUAGUAGUUCAUUCA